CAUUGUGAUUGCAGAGCUCAAACCGCAGAGACGUUUGCCUAGAGUUAAAGCAAAGAAGAGUUUAACAAAUUCCAGAUUUUUUAUUAAAAUCAAAUCAAAAUGUCUGAGGCAAGCUGCGAUCAAUACGAACACUACAAUUAUGAUCAUGACAAACACAUGUUCUGUGGGCACAGCGGCAAGCAGCGCACCAAGAAGGAAGCCAGCGAUCAUACCAAUCAUUUUGAUCCGUCCGGGCACUCCAGAAAGAUUCUAACUAAACUUGUCAACACCAACAACAACAACAAGAAGGCGGCGUGCAAAAACUGAAUGUUAUAUAUAUA